UGCUUUUCGCCACUUGCCUGAGCUUCUGAGGGCACUUGGGGAUUAUGGUCAUUUGUCAAAGAAAUAUUUGCAAUUAGAGGUGGUAUCUGAGGAACAAAAAACUGUCUUUGAGAGACAGAUCCGUGCUACUCUGAUGUUGUGCUAUGGACAAGCAGCCUUCGGGGCAAAGCCAGAGGAGAUGUUUGCAGAAGCAGAACUCUUUGUGACAGAGAUCCUGUUUCAGUUCCACAGCAUCUAUAAGGAUGAAGCAAUGAAGAGAUGCUUCUUGAAGUCUGUGGUGAUGAUAACCAAAGCACUUCACCACUGCAAAAAGGAAGACAUCCAUCUCCCUCAUAAAACUGAACUGGUCAUAUGCAUUAUGGAAGUGAUUGAUGAAGAGCCACUGGGGUCAUUCUCCAUUACAGUUCUGCAUCAGGCCAUCACAACAGUCUCCUAUCUGACUACCUUGAAGCCGCCAUUGGACUCAGUCAUCAAAUCUGAUCUAGUGUGCAAAAGCAUCGAGAAGGUCUACUCUCUGCCUUCUCUGAAGUUGACAAAACUGAAAGCUGGCAGCCCAACGUACCCAACUCAAACACAGGAUUUUUAUCAACAGACCAUCAAUGCCUGCAACAGCAUGCUCAUUGGCUUGCUGUCUGAGACCCCCAAUAUGGAAUCGUUACAGGAUAUAUUGAUAUACACAAAUGGCUGGAUUGAAUCCCAAAAAAACUACGAGCGGGAAAGGGCUGUUAGGAGCACCAACCACUUACUGAAGUUUGUUUCUGAACACCUGGAUUUCGAUAUAACCCAGGAAUUUUCCCUGUUAGGAAACCUGGUGGCACUCCUGUCCCUUCGCAUUGCUGACAGAGUGGAAGACAUUGGCAAGCAGGCUGCAGAGGCCAUAUACUAUCUCCACUACAUUAUCAUGGGCAAACUGGCUAGGGAGAUGGAGAGGAAACCCAAGAAUAAGAAAGGGAACGUUGUGAAAUGGUUCCGAGAAGAUUUUUUCGUUUCUGGGCCCUCUGUCUUCUUCAACAAUAUCUCAAAAGUUGCAAAGGCUUUUGGAGAGCACCUGGUCCCUGGCCAGAUCUCGGAGCUUGUACUCAGAGCGAUUGAUAAUCUUACACAUGAAGAGAAGGCAAUCUCUCAGACAGCCGGUAUGCUGCUGAGCUCCUUCCUAGAGGAAUGCGGGACAGACAUGGAGGACCUGCCCAUGAUUAUCAAGGAGAUUUACAACCAUCUUCCUGUCAUCAAUGAUCCUAUCACCAAAGAGGAGACCCUGAAAGCCGUGCGCAACUUAGCUACGAAGCGUCUGAAUGGAGUAGUAGACAUCCUUCUUGAAUGCUCACUGGAAUAUGAUAACAGCAGCAUAGCAGAGAUGUGGAAGACCCUGGCCUGUGACCCAUAUUCGAAUAUCAAGCUUAUAAGACCACUGCUCAAAAGGCUGAAGGAUGAAGACCCUCUUUCAGAUGUCUGCAACAGACGUCACAGCAAGUCUCUCAUGCCUAUUGCGGCUACCAAUGCUUUGUGUGUGAUCCUGUCCUUACCGGAGUCUGCGGAUGCAAUCCAGGGCAAAUUUCCCCACCUGCUCAUUGCUCUGGUCACUCAAAUCUACUUUGUCGUUGGGACAGGAAGGAGAGGAUCCAAGAGGCUAAGUAAUGCCGAGUUUCCUUCCACCCCACUAAGCUCUGCCAUCCAGGCUCUGAAAAAUCUAACUGUUUGUGCUGGCUAUGAAAAGGAGUACAACAUUCUGGGAAUGCAAAGCUGUUGGGACAAGCUGGCCACCCCAGAAGACUUCUUUGAAGGCGUUCUUCAGCUGAUAAGGACUUUGUUUGCAUUCAACAAAAUGCACCUGAAACUGACUUUCAAACAGGCCAACACAUACAUGCGCCGUCCAGAUGUUAAGGAGAGGACCGUUGGGAUGGCCUUCUUCACUGAGGAUGAAGCUCUGGAACCCUUCCUCUCUCCUCUGCUGACCCAUGCCUUAGGUUCAGACAGGAUGACUGCCAAGGAGUCCAUUAAGACCCUCCAAAUUAUGUUCCGGCACUUGGACCCAAAUAAUUUUGCACCCAUGAGGAUGGCCCUCAUCCCUCACCUUCUGGGGUACUUUAAUAAUGAUGACAAUGAAUUGCGAGUGUCCUCCAUUGGUCUUUUUGGGAUCCUAUUGAAGAGGAUCAAAGAUCGCUCCAAACAAAGCCUGAAGGAAGAAGUUUUCAAAGCAUUUGUUCCCCUUUUAAUUCAGCUGAUGGACCCCUGCACCCGCGAAGUCUCUAAGGACGCAUUGGCCACCUGUAUCAGCUCCAUGAACUGGGAAGAUGUGCCCAAAGACGUCAAAGAGAUCGAUCCCAAUGUCAGCCUCUUCUAUGCAUAUAAAAACAUCUGCAAGUACCUUGUGCAGAAAAACAGGCAAAAGUUGCCAGAAAUGGCAGCCCAGAUGACAGAAUAUCUGAGGAGCAGGUUUACGUCCCACCGACAGGCAGCGGCCAUCCUGAUAGGGUGCAAUGCGCAGUACAUGAAGUCUGAUUUGUCCGCAAAAGAUAUUGAAGAUAUUUAUAUAGCUCUCCAGGAGCUCCAGGCAGACCAUGAACCCACCGUGGCCAAGAUUGCUGCCGAGGCCAACGAGGAAUUUCUGAGACACUGCGGGCAUUGGGUCAAUCCUAAUAUUCUCGCCAGCACAUCUAUCCAGAGAAGCAGCAAUGCGAGUGAGACCAGGAAGUAAAAGGACCUUGGGAAAAGCAGACUACUCCUUGCUGAGAGCCACAGGGAGAAGCCGUGGAGACCGGGCUGGAUUAAGACAUGCUGAGGCCCUAAACUAUGAGGUCAUUCACAGAGUUGGUAGGACACCGUUUUUGCUUUUGUGAAUGACCUCUAUGUGAAGCAUGAGACCCUAUCGCAUUUUUUAAAAUGCAUUCUAA